CUAUGCAUAUCUUUUCUUUAUUUUAUUUUUCUUUUCUAUGUCACCAAAAAAUUUUAAAACUGCUGAAAAAAGGCAAAGGAACUUCAAAAUGGCGCCACGUAGAAAAAGUGUUGGUUUGCUGCGCGCUCCAUUAACUGAUAGUUUAGACAAGGAAAAUAGUUAUUUGCGUUCGUUGAGUGAUUUUCAAGCACGCGUUCGAAGGCGAGAAAGUAUUCGAAAUUAUAAAAAUAUAGCUGAAUAUGAUUUGGAUCAAAAAAUUGAAUUGGAAACUAAAAUAAAAGAAGGCUCCUCCAGACUGUUGGCUGCUGCGCGACAUCCUGCACAAAGUUUAGAAGCAGCACGUACUUUGUUUACUUCUAACAAACGGAUGUCCGUCUAUAUGACUGAGUUAGAACAUCGAAGAAGAGAUGCAUUGUUGAAAACAAGUAAUUCAGAUAACAGAGGGAAAUUAUCCAUUUCGGAUCUUAGAUUUCCUUUGAUGUGGAGAGACUCUGAUCAUUUUAAAAAUCGUGGAGAUUAUCGAAGAUUCGCUAUUUUUUGUAUUGUUCGAGUUGGUACUGAAAUUCAGGAUACAAGUUUACUUUUCCCAAUCGAUAGAAAACAAACGGAUAUUAGUUUUCCAGACGUUUUAUUAUUCAAUAAUGUACCAGCUGAAUUUGAAUUAUCUUUAGAAGUUUACAGUCAUAUUUUGCAAGAAGAUCUCAGUAUUGCUAGCACUCCAAGAAAAAUUAGACGAACUAUUCAUUCGUCAAUUUCAAAAACAGUAGGUCGAAAGUUUGUUGCAGCUCUACGAAAUGAAUAUGAAUCUAAUAAAAUACCACAGUUUGAGUUGAUGGCCUACGCAAAAAUGACUCUUGACGAUACCGAUGAGAACAUACGUUCACAUGAUUUAACAUUACAUAAUUUUGGUAACAAAGGUAACGCAUUGCCGCUAUUUGGACACUUUUGUUGUCGUUUAGCUGUUCAACCAUAUUACAUCGAUAAAGAAGUUUGUGCUGGAUUCGCAAUUAUAAAUAGUCGACGAUGCUACAUGCGAUUGCGAGGUUUCCAAAUUGAAAUUUGGAAGUCGAAGAAAUGUUCAGAAAAAUUUAAAAAACCAAUGCAUGCGAUUUGUGUAAACAAGAAAACCACGGUCCGCCGAUCAAAAUCAAUAAAAAAUCAAUUAUGUAUAAUCAAUAAUAUAAAUGACAACGAAGUGCGUGAUAUUAUAGAAUUCCAUUCAAACGAAGAUGUUCAAAAAUGGUUCGACACAUUGGCAACAUGUAUUAAAGAACAUGCAAGAUGGAAACAUGCAGCAAUAAAACUUCAACAAAUUCCAUAUUCUGAGUAUUCGAAUGAAAAUGCAAAUAUAAUAAAUAUUUUUGAUGAGAAAAACAAACGUCAACGAUCUCUUUAUGAUGAAACUUCAUUAAUAGAUAAUAUUUGUAGAGAAGCAAAUAUAGUUUGCCCAAAUAUAUAACUUGAAAUAUAUUAAUAUUUACUAAAUACUAAAAAUUUUAAUUAGUAUGUAAGCUGUGAAUAUUUUAAUAAAAAAUAAACAUUACAAAAAAUUUUAUACGAUUAUAAUUAUAAAAAUACAUAAUAUGAAAAUGAAAUCUUAUUUUUAGAAUCAACUUACACACAUACUUCUUCAAAAACAAAUGUUUUGAAAGAAUUGUCUAAAUUUACUUUUAGGUAUUGUAAUAAUGCACCAAUAGUGGCACACAAUCAUUAAUUUCAUUAAAAUUUUAUAUUUAUAUUAUAUUUCUCUAAUACUUAUCACAAGUGAAUUUAGUAAAAUUAUUCAUAACAUUGUUGUUAGCUUUUAAAAAUAAAACAUAAUUUUAAA